GCGCGUGCCGCCGUUGCCGCCCGCGAGGCGGGGCCGACUCGGCCCUCAAAUACGGGCGGCCGCGCUCCGCUGCGGGUGAGUGCUGCGGGAUCGCGCUCCGCUCCGGCAAAGUCAAGCCCAGAAGAAGGGUCACCCUGACCUGUUUCAGAGCCCGUUCAGGUCCCAGAGAACAGGACAGAGGACUCUCCCCAGCCAGAACACUCCUUAGGUAGAGGACGAGGACUCCUGGUCUGAAGCGGAGGGUGACCCGAGCUGCUCUGUCCCUGAAUCCAUUAUGGAACAGAUCAAUGGAUCUCUUCAGAUGGAACAUGCACUGCUGUUCACCUUCCUGGAGGCAUCCUCUGACUGUCAGUUCAGAGACCAGCUGCAGUCCCUGCAAAACCAGCAGGCAGUGCUUUGUUGCCACGCAAGCGAUGACGAUGAGCUUCAGACCGAUGGCAAUCGGAGUGGCCACUUUCAGAAUGGUGAGCUAGGGUUGGCUCCAACAAAUGAAGAUGUUAUCCGGAUCAUUGCUGCUCAGCUCGCUGAGAUUGGAGACCAGUUUGAUAAAGAAAUCCAAGGAAGAGUAGUAAACAACCUAGUGCAGCACUUUCUGAAUGAGAAUCUGUCUAGAGAGGAGAUAAUCCUGCACAUGUCCAGUGUGGUGAGAGAGCUUACAAGAUCCAUCCCCUCAGACAUGGAACAGGAAAAGGCCAUGUUGGUGCUAGCAAUGGUCUUGACUAAGAAAAUUGUGAAUACAGUGCCCUCCCUUCUACACCGUGUCUUUAACACCACUCUGAACUACAUGAACCAGCAGCUCCACAACUACAUUGUUGAGAUGCUCGGUGAGUGAGCUCUCCAGCCUUGUCUGGAGAACGUGGAUUCCUCAAGACUUCCCUUGAUUGAUGAAGAUCACUUGAUUUACUCUUAACUUCCAAAAUACAGCUGUGAAAGGGAUGGCAGAGCUUCAUAGAUAGGCUUUUGUAGACUAGCACAGCAGUAAUAGUAGUGGGAACUGCCUGCCAGCUCUGCCAGUACCUGUAGGGAGUAGUGCUUGCCUCUCUCCUUCUAGAAUAUUUUUUAUCUUGGCAUCAGCAGCCUUUGUGCAGAGCCUGCCUUGUGCCUCCAGAGGCCCAGUGGGCACAGGGCCUGCCCUCUCAAGUGUUUUUUCUAAGCAGCUGUAGCAUUUUGCUUUAGUAUUCACUUCCCAGCCCUACUCCUGCAGCUGAGCCAUGCUGAGUGUUGUUCCCAGGAGGGUCUCAGGCUGUGGAAUGGGUGGUUGAUCACCAGAGAUCAGCGAGGGGGGUGGGUGGGAAUCAGGUCUAUCUUGAUGAGAAGCAGGCAGCAAGAGGGAACAGAGUCCUGAGGGAUGGAGGGGGAUGUGGGCAGAGAAGGCUGAAGAUAACUUCAGUAUCAAUCCCCUUACACCUGUGUUGGCUUGAAAAAUAAAACUGACGGAAAAAUUGUAAAGAAAAGGGCAGGGUAGGCACAGGGCAAGUCUUUUUGCCAAUGCAACCUGGAUAUGCUUAAGAAAAAGUAGGAUGUCUUGUAGUUACAUCUCAGGUUGAACAAAUUUGGACUCAGGUUGUUUGAUAAUCACACAAGGUGGCAAAUGUGUCACCUGUGAUCUGGCUGCCUCAGGACUUUUUAAAGUAUGUAAAUAUUUUGUGGGGUUUUUUAACUUAAAUAAAAAAUUCAUUUCUGAUGGCUA